CUUCAAAUCUUUUUUUCCCCUCUCCCUCUCUAGUCCUGUGUGGCUCUCUCUCUCUCCCUCCCUCCUUUCUUCUUGUAUUCCUCUUGGGGCAAAAACAACAAUAAAAACAACAAGACCCCAACAGUUGGCUUUUUUCCCUCCUCCCUGCAAAAAAGUUGUUCUUCCUUCACAAUCAGAAUCACAAGGCAAGCAACAACACCUCCUCCCUCUUUCAUCUUCUCAUACCAGCUGAUCCUUCAUCAUCUUCAUCAUUUGAAGCCAGAAAGACUUGUUCUUUACUUUCCUUUGUUCUGCCACUUGCACUGCCUCAAAAAAUGGAGAGAGUUCUGAAGCCUUAUGACAAGGAAUACAUGAGACUAGCCAUGCUAAAGCAUGAAGAAACAUUCAAAGAACAGGUAUAUGAACUCCACAGGCUGUACAGGAUCCAGAAACUAAUGAUGAGAAGCAUUGGCAAAACCAACAAGAACACCAACAACAACCAACAUCAGAUUCCCUCCAAUAAGCACCAGGAGUUGUGGAAUAAUGGAUUCAGUUUCAACUCCAGGAGCAACAAUGUCAGCAACAUUGUAGUUGCUGCUCCUCCUUCUAAUCAUCAUCAUCAUCAUGACAAGUUAGCAGUGAAGCUGGACUUGGAAAGAAGGCCAGCAGCAGAGGAAUUCGCAGAGUCCAACGGGGAUCAUGUUGAAGAAGAAAGGAAUGGAACAGUAGUCAUGGAGGAGUGUGAGAUUGAGCUAACACUGGGGCCAGCUAGUUACUGUUCAAGGAGGAAGAAACUAUGUCAAGAGGAGACAGCGUUGACUUCAGAAUCAGGAGGUGGAAGCCUGUCUUCAUCUUCAACCGGGUCAAGUCGUAUUAACAGGAGGAGCAAUAAAUUAGGCAGCAGCAGAGUAGAUGAUCCGGAAAAUGGGAUGAUGAAGAAGCAGAAGCAGAAUAGCAAUGUUGAUAAUAAUGAACAGCUGACAAGGCAACAACAACAGGAUAGUAGAUUAAAGCAGCAGCAGCAGCCUCCCUGGCUUUACCAGGUUCUCAGCCUCAAAAUGACUUGAAAUAACAAAUAAAGUAUCAAGUCAGCUUGUGAAUUGGAUGGUAGUCUGGAAAGAUGGGGUUUUUUUUCUUCUUCUUAUUCUUCUGGUUUUCUUUUCCAUGGUUAAUUUUUCCUUUUUCAUGGCUAGAUGGAAGGGUUUCAGGAAGGAUAUGUCAGGCUUUGGUGUAAAGAUGACUGACUGCUUUGUUUUUGAGCUCUCAAAUCAACUAGUCUUAGUUAGCUACCUCCAGGUUUCUCAAUUGACUACUUCCCUCUUUGCUGAUUUUCAGGGUGGGAAUCUAAAGUUUUAACUC